AUGUCCAGUCUGAACGACGUAAUGAACAAUGAAUAUGACCCAAAGCAGCAUCUCCAACCACCAACACCUCACCAUGGCCAUCUGCCACCACCCUUGCAAGAGAAUCACUCGGCUUCAUUAUCUGCGAGACCUGCGGCCGCCCGGCAGCCCACCGAAUCUGGCAGUGAACAUGUCUACAUCGAUCCCGAUUACCGGCACUUCAAACCUCGAUAUGGCAACAACGAACAGAAACCUGUCUGGGGAUUAGCAAAACCUCAUCCGCGUGUCGUUCGCCCGGGCAUGCGCCGCGACGAUAGCAAGCAGCCAAAGGCGUAUAGUACCGAUGCCCCCGGUGCAACAGAGCCUGCACCCGAGCUGGGUGUUACGCCUGGUCUGUCCACCACACAGUCCGGCACCGCCGAUCCCCGGUCGACGACGGGCCAGGGCUAUUCGAACUAUUCAGCAGCAGCCCAGCAUGGAUUAUCAACCAAACAGGCUGUCUACGGACCUCAGCCCGAUGGCAUUUUACUGCUCAUUGGACUGAGCGGCACCCUGGCAGUUUCGACAGGAGAAGCCCAGGCAGGCACUCGACUAUCACAGAAUUGGUCAUGGGGAAUUGGUUUCGUGAUCGACAUCUAUGUGGCUGGUGGCAUCUCCGGUGCUCAUCUCAAUCCGGGGAUCUCAAUUGCGCUCUGGAUCUUCCGUGGUUUCCCUGGUCGUCGAUGCUCUUCCUACGUGGUUGCUCGGCUCCUUGGUGCUAUCACUGCAGCAGGCUUAACACACUGCUUAUAUCACGACGCGAUUGUCCAUCUUGCGCCCACGGCGUCUGCCGGUACCUCCGGUCUAGGGUUCUACACCGAGCCCCUCGGCCAUGUCAGUUCCGCAACGGCCUUCUUCACCGACUUCGUGGUCGAUGCCAUCUUACUCUGUGUGAUAUUCGCGCUAGGUGAUGACAGUAAUGCGUUGCCUGGUGCCGGUAUGCACUCCUUCAUAAUUGGACCUUGGUCCACAUCUCGUGGCUCUCAUGGCCGGAUAUGGUGGUUCUGGGGCUGUUGGGUAGCCACUAUCGGUGGCUCUCUGACUGCGGCUUCUUUGUACGAUAUUUUCAUUUUCAUUUGGGGUGAGUCGCCUAUCAACUACGCCCCUCGACGGCGCAAGAGAGCCGCGCUCAAGGAGACCAAGUGGAGACGGACACUUGGUAUUGGCCGACAUAAAGUCCCUUCUUUAGAGGAUAGGAUUAAAAAGCUGGAGGAUUAA